CUGGAUGUGUUUGGAUGAGAAAUUGCAAGCUUGAAGUGUUUUUUCCAACCGUUGUAGAUGAUGCUGAGCAGCGCUCUGCUGCACUAGUACAACCUCAUUGGCCUUCGAGAGACUUGGUGGUCGAAACGCAAGGGCAUUGUAGGCUUAUAGGUUUGGGCAAUUAUCAGUUGCGCUCUUUUAAAGAAACCUGAGUCUCACUUGAUAUGCGCAGUUUAAAGGAUUGUUAAUUGCUACGUUUGUUUCUGCAUCUGAGGAGAGACGAGACACAAGGGGUGAUAGAUAGGUGGUCAGACACCAUGGGGGUAUUUGGGCAGUUGGGGCUGCUCCUAAAGAAAAACCUCAAGCUACGAAUUAGGUCACCGGUCUUGACUUUGACACUGUUGCUGUUACCUGUGGUUAUAUUCGUUGGCUUUGCCAUCAUUCGUCUUGAGUUUCCGCCAAGUCAAAAACCAUCCUGUUACUAUGACGCCAAAGCAAUGCCGAGUCGUGGUAUGGUACCCUUCAUGCAAUCGUUAGCAUGUGAUUUAGACACAUCGUGUAGGGGACGAGGGAACGUAACAAGAAAUGGAAACGAUCUCCCACCGUAUGCAAGAUCAAGCCUUGCUCAGAUAUCUAAUAGUCUGGAGCCCAUCUUGAAAAACAGAACAACUGUGGAAUCACUGAAAAAGUUACCAGACACCAUCCAGCCUCUUGCUGAGCUGGGAGAUUUGAUUGACUUUGAAGCUGUGGCAAACUUCACAGAAAAGAAGUAUCGGGUUGCAGAUUUCUUUCAUGAUGCGUCUGACGUUCAGCGAUAUCUCGUUGAGGAAGGAGAACUGGAUGCCACUGUGGUGGAUGCUCUACUUAAUGCUCAGAUGGAUGUCUAUCAGCUGUUGGAAGUCACAGGUUUCAUUGACUUCAAGGGAACUGCUUGCAAUGUCACAAAGCUCAGUCAGAUCCUCACAUUCCCAGCUGACGUGGAUGUUAGCGCUGUAUCCAAAGCGCUGUGUGAUGUCAAGGAUCAACAGAUAUCGAUUAUUGUUGAGGAGCUGCAGAAGCAACUGGAUCUUCCGUAUCUCAUUACUGAGUUUUCAGAGUUCUUGAAAGCUCUACGGGAGACGGACUGGUCUGAGCUUCUUGACAAUACCAAGGUGUUUUUGGAGCAGUUGGAAAAUUUGAGUAAUUUAGGUCAACUCCCUGACCUUUUGGGAAUAGUGAGGCUGGUUCCAGUUGUACAGGAGCUUAUUUCCAAGCUGGCGCUGGGGAAUCUUGAAAAUCAACUUGAUGUAGCUGUGAAUCUAAUUGAGUCUCUUGAUGCUCAGCUGAACAAUGCAACUUGGUGGAUGGACGUCAAGAAGAUUGCUUUAACGUCUCAACGUCUGCUUAGAUCCGUCAGCAACUUCUUGGAAAACACUGACGUGAGCAGCCCUAUAACUCUUGGAAGCCUGUUGAUUAAUGACACCAUCAUCAUGGAUGUAUUCCAACAAUUCAAUAUCACUCAAGAGGAUGUCCAGGCAUUACUACUACUUCAACUCAAACAGGACAAGAUGGUAGAGUUUCUUCAGCUACUGACCAUGCCAGAUGACCUUGCAGAUCUGUUGUGUUCAUCAGAGAGUCCUAACCUCUCAGACUUUGUGAACACAUCUUCAGAGAGCAUCUCCUCCAACAUCCAAUCUUUGCAAGAGACCAUCUGUGGCCUGGGAAAUAAAACUGACAAGUUCUUUCAAAUGUUGCUGAACCAAACAAACAUAUUUCUCUUGAUUGACCAGGUGAACCAAGGAUUCAAUGCUCCCGUUUCCCAAAUCAACUGGAGAGUUAUUUUGGAAGACGUGAGAACAAUAAUUGAAAGCACCCAGAAUCUGCCUGAUUUUGUCAAGGGUCUUCCAGAGCUCUUGGCUGGCCUGAGUGAUGUGCAGCUGAUGCUGCCCUUAAUGGACUUUAGUCAAAUACUUGGACUUUCUCAAGGAAGUACAAGCCCAGAAGAUCUGAUGCAGCUUCUAAGCUCUGACCAGAUCAUAUCCAUGGUUCAAGAUAUGUUAUCCCAAACUCCUCUAUGGCCUCAAGUUGAGUAUCAACUGAUACUCAAUCAUCUCAUCUCAGAUAUACAACUUGCCAUCUUAGAUGUAUUCAAAGGUGUUACGUGUCGUAAUGGUUGGCAUAGUAAAGACCUCUCUUGUUACAAGUACAUCUAUGAGGUGCUCCCUGAUAGAUGGGAUGCACAUUCAAGAUGCAAAGAGAUACAUCCAUCUGGACAUUUAGUUGGUGUCAACAACUGGGAGGAACAACAAUAUCUUGAAAGCAUUGGGGAGAACACUCUGACUUGGCUUGGGCUUUGGUACUUGCAACCAUAUCUGUUUAUAGAUGGAUUCAACGACGCUGAUGUUGAUGGUGAAUACCAGAACUGGAUCAGUUCCCAGAACAGCUCUGAACUAUGUGGGAAAGCAAACUUUGGUACUGAUGGUCUGUGGCACCAUGUGGAUUGUACCACUCCGACUGACAGCUUGAUAUGUGAAAUACCACAAGAUAACAAGGUGAUCCAGCUCCUCAGGGAUGAGCCAACCAUUGAAAUCACAAAAGUUCUACUUGAACUCGGCCCCAACGUCACAGAAGCCAUCAUCCACUCAUUCCUCAAUGCUACCAGACUCAAGGCUCUAUUCAACAUGUCAUCAGAAGAGCAAGCGAUGGCGCUGUGUAGUGUUGACCUCGUGACCUUGCCACCAUCAGCUGACCUGGCAGAGGUCAGACAGAAACUGUGUAGUUUGAAUCUGACGAUGAUCUUUGCUGAUGAGAUACAGCACUGGGAGAUACCAGGACUGGACUCAAAGAUCCAGAAGUUUCUACACUUCCUUCAGGUCAACCCAGCCUUGAUUCCACCAGAGUACCUCCACUAUGCCAAUCUGUCGGCCAUUAUUCAGAAAAACAAUCUCAUCUCAGAGGUCACAGUAGAUGUCUUGAAUCAAACUUUUGACAUUCAGUUUCUGAUGAGUGGAUUUGAUGACAUCAUCGGCAGCCAAUCAGAAUGGCUGGAUAUGUUGCAGAGAGUCUCAAUGUACCUGAGUGGAAUGACUAUGCUGGACAUGGUUGAUGCUUCAGCUGUUCAUUACCUGGAGACACUGGACAUGCAGCUUGGAGAGGCGCCAUGGUGGACAAUGGUCAAGAAAAUCAUCUCAUCUGGACAGCAAAUUGUCAGCUCCAUGUUCACUCAGCUUGCAACCUACCAAGGAGACGGUUUUACUCUUGGAAGUCUGUUCAGGAAUGAUUCAAUUAUUAGAGACAUCCUCCAGAGUCAGCUGAAUCUAUCUGCUCAAGAUAUCCAGUCUCUACUACAACUCAACAUCAAUAUGGACAAGCUCACUGUCUUUGUCCAGAUGGUGUCUAGUUCCCAGGAUCCAUUGAGUCUACUAUGCUUAGGACAACUCAACCUGACUGAUGUACUGGUCUUCCCUGUAGUCAAUACCACCUCUAGGAUGAUCCAGCUAGUCUGGUCUCUACAAACACAACUCUGUCAGCUGGCUGGCAAUGCCAUGAAUAACACUGAUUUGAUAGCAGUACUUACUAGGGAAUUGGAUUUAACCAUUCUUGUCGAUCAGAUCACAGACACAAUCAGCAACUCUACUGGGAACAUCAACUGGGGUACCCUAAUCCAGGAAAUUAGUGUGAUCAGCGGGGAUGUUCAGAGUCUACCAAGGUUGUUGCAGACUCUAAUGCCUGGACUCUUGAGCCCUUUCCAACUGCAGCUUCCAGGUGUCUCUGGUGAUUCUAGUCAUUUGGGAGGUACUUUGGGAAUGCUACUAGACAUGUCACCAUUGCAGAUCUUUCAGUACAUUGGCACUCAGGUUCUUCCAACCCUUGUGGAAGAGUUUUUAAAUCAGACUGAUUUUUGGCCAGCAGUACAGGAGCAGCUGGUAUAUCAGAAUUUGGCUUUGGACGUACAGCUUUCCAUCCUUGGUCUGUUCAGUGAUCCCAUCCUGUUCCAACGCUUGACAGAAGAACCAUUUUUCCAAACUACGAAAGCUGUGUUAGAACUUGGUCCCAAUGUCACCGAGGCUGUCCUGCAAGCCUUCCUGAAUGCCACAAAAGUAGAGAUGCUGUUGAUGUCAACAAAUCCAAGUGAGCAGUUAACGGUGCUGUGCAGGGAUGAUUUUGUGAUCCUACCACCAGGCAGUGAAGACGCCAGACAGCAACUAUGUAGCUUCAAUCUGACUACCCUAUGGAUGGGACUGGCCCCGCAUUCUAACCUUGUUUACCUGGUAUCCAAGAUCAAUGAACUUCAAGCCUUUGUGAAUCGUAAUUCCAUGGCGAUCCCAGCGGAGUUUGCCCACUAUGCAAACCUCACUGAUAUCAUCCAAAAGAGCCAGCUUAUGAGCAAGCUGUACGCUUUCAUCACACAGCGAUCAUUCCAUCCUGAAAUACUCCUUGAGAGCUUUGAGAAUGUGACGGGAAGCGAAGCAGAAUGGCUGUCAAUGUUCAAUAGGAUCUCAGGAAUGAUGACUGCAGACUUUCUGUCGCAAUCGGGGGGGUCGCUGCUACCCUUAUUUGCCCUGGAGAAUCCUACCCUGCAAUUCUCCAUCGCAUCAAUCCCAUUUGCCAAUACGCUAAUCCAGUCAACAAACCAACUCUUUGUUGUCGCACAAGAGUUUGCCGAGGGAAGGAUUUUCAGUGGUGCGAUGCCCGAGACAGAGAGGUUCCUACGAGGCAUCAUGGGUCUCUUGGAGCAAGGACCAAUGCUUCUUAGCGCUGUAACAGAAACACUAACCGAUCCAGCUAAGUCUACCAACCUGUUCAUGAUGUCCAACAUGAGACAAGCAUUCUGUAAUGCCACUGUAAGAGACUGGCUUCCAAUGAACUCAUCUACCCUAAUGGACUCCCUGGAUAACUACCUAUGUGCUGUCAACUACCCCCUCUUAGCUGAAGAAUUGAAAGACCUCAUCUCCCUGGAUGAUUUCAUGUUAGAGCUUCAGACAUUAACGUCCAACUCAACAGUGAAUCUGAACUCCACAUACAUAGCGGAUGUAACCAGGAAUGUAGAGCUACUCAUGCAGAAUGUCAACACUUUACCAACGAUCUUAACGUCCUUCAGUCAGCAUUAUAAUCUGGGCUCAUUGGUCACUGUAGUUGAGGCACUACUUACAGCUACAGCCAUGCAGUAUGGAAACAUCAUUCCUCAGAAUGACAUCAAUUCUCUAGACUUGGAGGUACUCUUACAAGACAUACCAGGAUUGCAGAUGAUUUUGAAUCAAGUCACUGAUGGGAACAACUUAGCAGAACUCAAGACUGUGCACGCCUCCAUCAACUUCCUGAACAGGUUCUUUGACCAAGCCAAAGCUAACCCAUGUAGAGAGGGCUGGUACAGACACAAACACUCAUGUUAUACAUACAUGAAUGAGAGUGGCCUUUUAUGGAUGGCUUACACUGGCUGCUUAGCAACUCAUAGCCGCAGCCACGUGGUAGACAUAAAUACUCUAGAAGAACAAGCGUUCCUGCAGGGCAUAGGUCAUGACAAAGACAGUUGGAUCAACCUGUAUCAUGAUAGCCAGGGCUUCUAUUGGAUGAACAGUUGGCAGACACCAGACUACCAGAAUAUCGCUCCUGGAGGGCCAGGCCAGUGGGGCAAUGUGUCCUGUGGAAAGGCCAACUUUGGCGGAGAUGGACUGUGGUAUCCAGCUAACUGUAGUGUACCAUUGCCAAGCUAUAUCUGUGAAGCUGCACCAGAGUUGAAUAUCACGCUGAGUACUCUGUUUAGAAAUCCCUCUAGCCUGACUGAUACAACACUCCAAGCCUUGGAGCAGGUUCUUAAUCAAGAUAUGCUCAGCCAGAUUCUAGCUGCACCUUUCAAUCUUGAAGAGUUGGUCCGUGUUAUCUUUGCUAAUAACUUGAACUCAUCACUUUGUGAUAAUGAUCAGCUGAGGGCGCUCUUUGCAUUCCCUGAUUCAGUCAACGUAACUCAGCUGCAUGAGGCUCUGUGUAGUAAUGGCGUAGCUGGCUCGUUGGAGUACUUGGCAGCUACUGAGGUCUUCAAGCAGAUCAUGGAUGAGGUUACAGCCUUCCAACAAGAUACCUUCAACAUCAGUUCCUUUGUUACUGACAUUGAGAACCUUCUCAAGCAUCUAACAUCCCUGGGUAAUUACAAUGUGAACACAAACAUCAACCCUGAUCCAUUUCUUCCAAUACUUCAGAUGGACUGGAACCAGGUCAUCUCAGAGAGUACUAUUCUGCAGAGACUGGAAUCCUUUGGUGUGAUGUUUAACAAUGAGAGUUGGUAUAGUGAAAUCAACACAACCAUGAGAGCUGCUUACUAUCUGAGUCAAGUAUUCACUGAGAAGAUACUACUCCUUAAAGGUCAACACAUAGUGCUCCCAGAGCUUGGCAACCUACUUGUAAAUGCCAGUGAGACACGUCACCUGCUUGACCUAGCUAACUUCUCACCUCAGCUCAUCGAUGUCAUGCUCAGUCUUGCUGUCAAUCAAGAUAAGCUUCAAGAAUUACUAAAUCUGCCUUCACCUCUUGUGACAAUGUGUAACGCCGGUAACUUCAGUUCCUACUUCAACCUUCCCAUCGACUCCACGACCAAUCUCCUGGCUGUAGAGGGAGCCCUUUGCUCCCUCAACUUGACGCUGAUCGAUCUGGAAUUCAAAGAGUUGUUUCCGAUCGAUGCAAUCAUUUACAAGAUAUUAGAUACCAGCUCAAGGGAAUCUAUCAACUUCACCGUCUUAUUCAACCAAUAUAAGGACUUAUGGGGCACCGCUGAUGCCUUCUUGAGUGAUCCACUGAGUGUAUCCAUAGAUGAGGCUUGGUUCUUGGUCAAGUACCAAGAGAUACUGGAAGUCUUACAGGUCUCGGCAAAUGCUCAAGGAAACUUGCUAAGUCCCACACAGCAGGAUACAGCCCUUCAGACUCUAUGGAGUCUAAGUAAAGUAUUCAAAGAUGAGCCGUGGUGGCCAGAAAUAGAAGUUGGUGUCAAUGCUGCAACUCUGAUUAUCCAGUACACCAACAAGAAGCUGGACUUUUACUCAGGAAAGAACCUGACUAUCUUUGACCUGGUUCCACCAGUCACAGCAGAUCUACUCCAGGAAGCUAUUAGCAUCUACCCUGACAUUCUUGGCUACUUACUACAUUCAUCAGUCAAUGUGCAUACGUUGGUAAACCUGACUGGUUCAGACAACCUGUUAAAUCUCCUGUGUCUUGCCGAGCCGACAGAGUUCAUGACUUUUCCUCCGUCAGUCAACACAACUGCUGUCCAAGCAGUCCUAUGUUCGCUCAAUGAGACACUGUUAGUGCUAGAGUGGAACCAAGAACUCCUCUUUUUCCUGGAUUGGAGGUUUGCUCGGCUGAAUUGGACGGCUUUGAUGGACUCCGCUACAUCCCUGAUCCAGACCCUGAACAAUCUUCAAGCAUCCCCACCUCACCUUGACCUCAUCUACACUGAGGAGUGGGCUUUGGAGAAACUCAAUCAAACCCUCGACAUCUUGGGAACGCUGGCCCCUGUCACCUCUACCAUGUCGGUUGCAGACUUUGAGAGCUUGUUAAAGUUCUUGGAUAGCAUCUUGAUGGAGACUGGGGAUGCUACGUAUCAGGCUAUCAUAGCGCAGCUUAGAAUGGAGGAUUACAUACGAACAGUGCUGCUACACCAGAUGGACAUGUUCAUUGGACAAAAUAUAACAGUUCCAACCUUGAAGGAACUAUUUGCCGAUGUUGACAGCAUUACAAGUCUUCUGGCUCUGUGGGACUUCACUCCAGAAAUGAUUGAAGCAGUCUUGUCUCUGUCCACUCAGCAACCAGAUUGGUCGGUUUUCUGGACAACACCUGACCCAUUUGAGUAUUUCUGCACGACCAAUCAGUUCGAAGCAUUUUUCAAACUGCCCACCGGUAGCCAAUCCAAUCUAACAGCCAUACAGGAAGCCGUGUGCUCUCUCAACUUCAACCUGAUCCAGCUGGAGCUGUUGCAGUUCUACAACGUCAGCCAAAUCCAGUUGGAGAUUGAUCGUAUCAUCAGACAUGACCCAAGCCUUGAGCCGUUCAACUGGACAGUGUGGAUUGUUAAUAAUAUGCGUUGGUCCGAUGCUGUGAAUAGACUAGUCUCAAUGCCUACUGGGUUUGUGGUGGACACAGCUUGGUGGAAUAAGACAGAGGUCAGAGUUCAUGAUAUCCUGAUGAACUGGCUUGAGAUGCAGAGCAUGACCUCGACAGGGAACAGCACUGUGGGGUACCUCCAAGCAAUAGAAGCAAACUUGCGAUCAAGUGGUGUAUGGAACAUUGUCAAACCCUACAUAGACAUCUUCACUCUUGCAUUGGAGGGCAAUCCUGGGAGCACAGGUACCAUACUGACAAACCUCUUCAACUUUACUUCAGUGGAUAGUCUGGUGACCAGCCUGAGUGUCUCACCUGAACUACUGAAGGUGUCUCUUGCCUCUAGUGCCUUCUCUAUAUAUGAGCUUGCGCUGUUUGAAAACCAGGGGGUUUGGAAUGAUGUAUUCUGCAACAGUACUGUAUUCAGCUCUAGGUAUCCACUGCCCCCCACUGUAAAUUCAACAGCGGUUCAGCAAGCCAUGUGUGCACUGAAUCGAGCUGAGUUCUUCAAUCAGGCGUUUGAGACAUACAGAAUUGACAUACUGAAGCUGCAACCAUUGUUGACACAAAUCCUGAGUCCAACUGGCCAACCUGCAGGCAGCGUGGACUGGGAACACAUUGUGAAGUUAACAGAGGAGCUUAGUGUAUUCCUUAUGGAGAUGCAAACUAUUCCUAACUUCCUGUACACUCAGAAUAUGCAAGGAAUGCAAACCUCAAUAGUGGACCUUCUCAAUGCUGUACAGGAACGCAAUCUUAGGGUGAUGAUAUCAGUGCUAGAAGAGAUUCGUCCUUACUUCCAAGAUUCUCGAUUGAUUACAGACAUCCAAGAUUCACUGCAACAAUCAUUAGACCAAUUAGACUGGUUCAGCGCUAGCAAUCCGUUGGGGUCGUUACAGCUGGUAGAGGAGCAGUUGAAGAUAGCCGGAGUGUGGCAUUAUGUCACACCCUUCUUGGAGAUGGCCAAUGUGAUACUUGAUGGAGUCAACAAUGAUCUUAACCCUGGAGGAGCGGCUCUACCAGCAUUUUUGUACAACAGAACUGUACUGGAUAGGUUCUUACAGGGUGCACUGGACAGGGUAUCUCCAGAGCUGGCUCAAACCAUUAUACUGGAGGAGUUUUACUCCAUUGCAACGUUGGCAUAUCAUCAUUUGACUAAUACAUGGGAGGAGACUUUCUGUACACCUUUUAGGGGCAACUCUUAUUACGGUUACCAACCCGAGAUUAAUGGAACUGCCCUGAGACAGAUGCUGUGCCAGUUGAACCGAACAGAGUUUUUUGGGAUGCUCCAUUUCAUUAUAGGGGUGGACGUGCUGCGUGUGGAACAGUUGAUCUUUGAAAUGUAUAACUACAUACCACGCCCUCCUCUCAACGAGACAUAUCAGCAGCAGUUUGACUGGGAGGCACUCAUCGCUAACGUCGACUCCGUUAUUGUUGCCGUGCAAGGCAUGAUGGGAACGCCAUCAUUCAAUGAAAAUGGCAACAUGACGCAAAUGUUGAUUUUACUACAAGAGCUGCAGGCUGGACUCUCUCAAUUCAACCUCAAGUUGACGGUUGAAAUUCUUGAGCAACUGGAUCCUCUGAUGAACCAAGGCGGAGUUUGGUUGGAUGUCAAACAUUAUGUUGCCACGGUGACAGCUAUUGCGGAAAUCAUCAAUCAACAACUUGAACUUCUUGCUGAAACUGGUUACACCAUUGAAAACUUAUUCAGUGAUGCGGCCCCAGCCUACUUGACCCAAUUCCUGUCACCUGAAAAUGUACAAGCUCUACUGAAUGCUUCCAUCAAUCCUGGCAUGAUUGGAUUCUUAGCCCAGCCUGUGGAGCUGUCUUCAGUCCUUUGUGACGCUGCUCAGUUUGAUGCCUUCAUUCUUCUCCCAGAAGGCUCUGAUAAAGCUGCUAUACAGAGCGCCCUCUGUGGGCUGGCCAUGGCCAAUGAGACAUUCUUAUAUGACCUCAUGGCAAUGUUUAACUUCAACAAACUACAACUUGAGAUUCAAAAGUUAUUAAUGAGCAACUUCCCACCUGGCACCCCAGCGGAAGUUGACUGGCAACAGACUCUGAAUGAAUUCCAAUUGGUAGUCAACAACUUCCUCACCAUACCAACCGGUCAUGAUUUCCUGGGGGUCUUCCUAUCCCAGUGGCUUGCCCUGUCUCUACCAACAGGACUUCUCCCUCUCAUGCAAUCAAAUCUCACCUCGGAUCUUAUUAGUUACUGUGAUCAGAGCCUACCACCAGAGCUCAUCAACACUUCUCGGAUCUUAUUAGUUACUGUGAUCAGAGCCUACCACCAGAGCUCAUCAACACUGAAGCUUGUUAAUCUCUUAAUCUCUUUAAUCCCAUCCAGCUCGGAUCUUAUUAGUUACUGUGAUCAGAGCCUACCACCAGAGCUCAUCAACACUGAAGCUUGGCAGACCAUGAUUAAGCCAGCACUGGACAAAGUUGACCUCGUUAUACAAAUUACUGAUGACCUUGUAUUUGCACUGCCAGGUCAUCAAGAGGAGCUUCAGAGUCUUCUAAACAACAUGACAUUAAUAGUGGAUCUACUCACAGUCUUUAAUGAAGUUGGAGAUGGGAUCAUGGCCGCCGGCACAUCCAUUCUGUUUGACCCGUUCAAAUUAUCAAUGGCCAGCCGAUUGAUCUUCGACAUUGUUAGAGGUGAUAUACCAGAGGGUAUAGUCUGCAAUGAGGUACUCCUCAAAGAAAGUGAAGCUGUCCCAGCUUAUAUAAACCUCACUGACGUCAGCAACCUGCUCUGUGGAAUCCAGAAACUUGUACAUACACAAGCUGUCCAGGAAACUCUAAGGAUUGUGGCAUUUGAUGAUGUCAUGCUAAAGAUCACUGCUCUGUUUGAGGUGUACCCAGUGAGCUCUGAGCCGUUUAGCUGUCCAGCAUUCAUCAUGAACACUCAAGAGUACAUAGAGAGAUUAGCGUCAGUCCAAUGGGACUAUGAGUUAUUCAUCCAAUCAUUUCAACUGCCAGAGUAUUUUGACUUGCUUGCUGUUCUACCUAAGAUUCUUAGUAACAUCUCUACUACAGAGUUACACAGUUUAAAUGAGUUGUUUAAUCUGUUGACACCAUUGGCUGGUCCCCUGCUUAGCAGUGAUACCUUCAGCAAUGGAACCAUCAUGGAUUUACUUCUGCCUUAUCUAGAAGAGAUGGAUGAGUACCUGGGAGCUCAACAGGGUAAGAUGGAGCUUCUUGAGUUGAAUACACUUUGGUUAAACACAUCUUCAAUCAAGCAGUACCUAUCUGAAAUACCAGGUCUAAGCUUCAGUGUCAUCGAUGCUCUCAUAAAUGCUAAACUCAAUACCUCUGCUUUGGUAAUUCUAACCACGAUGCCCGGUAAUUUAGCUGAACAUCUCUGCAUGAAUGAUGCCUUCUCCACUGUGUUAAUAAUGGAUGAUUCAAACGCAGCGUCAGAGAUUCAGCGGGUGAUUUGUGAAGCUUUAAACUCCCAAGAUACCCUUGACUACCUCCUGGGAUCCCUCAAUGCUACGGAGAUAGUCCGAUUGGUAACAAUGUCCACACCACUAGUCAUCACCUGGCCUGAAUACCUGAAUGAGCUCUUGACCGCUCUGGAAGAUUUCUCAGCCAUCGAUCCAACCACCAUUGAAAGCAUCCUCACUGACCAGUGGCCACUGUUGGAAGAUGGAAUUACCAACAGCACAGAGAUCGCAAUGCUUGCUAUGAAUGCAAAAGAUUGGAUCCAACUUAUGCAAAGUUUCCAGCCAGUGCUUGAUGUUCUCCAACCAGCCCUGAUAGAUGACCCUUGGAUCCAGUCACUUCAGGCUCUCUUAGAUUCACUCAACGGCUUUGACAACAUCCUGGACCUGAUCACCAAGCUCCCAGAUCUUUCUUUGGAGAAGUUCUUCCGAAACUCGACAGACUUUAGGGAGUUUCUUAUGAGCGAUAUUGGCUUUUCACAUCAAGCUGCGUCCGAUCUGCUGUCAGCUACGGUCAAGUUUCAGGAGGUAGCAGCUGCUAACUUCAGCCAAGUCAACAGUAUCAUCUGCACAGAGGAACAGCUGACCAAGAUCAUUGAAUUUCCAGAGGGGGCAAAUGUUUCCUAUGUCAUUGAUUCUCUUUGCACUCUGGAUUCUGAACAGCUUGUGAAUGUGUUGGAUGGCGUUUUGCAGAGGCUUAAUAUCGGCACUUUGAUUCAGGAGGUAAUAACAAACAGUCUCGUCAAAAUACUUGGCAACACCACCUCCUCCAUACGUAACAUCUCAAAGGCAGCAGGUGAUCUUAAAGUUGUCCAAGAGUACCUUCCCGGAAUCAUGGCUCAAAUCCAGGCCCAGGAGAUUGACCCCAUUGACAUACUAGCCAUUACAAACUCCUUCUUCGGUGAGACUAGCGCACAACAUGCCUCUAGCCAGUCACUCACUGACCUGGUCUGUGGCAAGGGGAAUAAAGUAUCUUCGUUGCCAUCUAGGAGGCGCAGGAGUAUCGAUGGAAGACGGACAAAACGAGAGGAGGAGUUUGAAAAAGUGGAAGGAAGCACACCAUUCUGUUCAUCCCUCUAUAAGUCUAUACAGAGUAGUGAAAGUGGCAGAAUUAUCUGGACAUUUGUUAAACCGAUGCUCUUGGGUAAAAUUCCCUAUGCUCCGAGUAACAACGCUACAGCUAAAAUCAUCAAGGAGGCGAAUUUCUUCUUUGAUGAUAUUACUGAUAUCCGAGAUUUGGCUGCGGCAUGGCUGGCAGGGUCCAAAGAUCUGGAUAAACUGCUUGAAAGUGAGCAGACAAGCACCAUACAGAAAUUCCUGGAUAACUCCUACACAUCAGGGUACCUUAUGCAGCAGCUCAACCUGGACACGGAUGCCAUCACCACCCUGCUGGCCAGUGAACUGACCAGUAUCCCCAUAGAUGACCGCCACCAGAUGGACCAAGUGGCUGAGCUCAUCGUUAACAUCACCAACUGCAUCGAACUGGAUCGGUUUAUUCCGUUCCAGUCUGAGCGGGAAAUGGAAAGGGAGGCACAGAGAUUACAUAACGAUGGCCGUCUGUUUGCAGGUGUUUUCUUCAGCAAUAUGAAGGAUGCAGAGACCCUACCUUCUCAUGUCCAGUACAAGAUACGAAUGGACGUUGACAACACACCUAGCACUGACCAACUUAAAUUUGGUUACUGGACACCAGGCCCAGAUAAUGAUUUACUCCAGGAUCAGCCGUACAUCCUAGGGUUCAUCUACCUCCAAGAUAUGAUUGAGAGAGGAAUCAUUCAAUCACAGACAAACACUGAAGUCAAGAAGCCUGGAGUCUACAUGCAGCUCAUGCCGUAUCCUUGCUAUACUCAUGAUGAUUUUGUGCAGCGUUUCUUCUACAUCUUGCCAUUCUUAAUGACGCUGGUAUUCAUCAGUGCACUGGCCGCCAUGACCCAUCAGCUUGUCUAUGAGAAAGAGCAAGGCAUUGAAGAGCUGAUGAAAGCAAUGGGUCUACAGAGCGGUCUGAAUCUCAUCUCAUGGUUCCUGAUUAACUUCCUGCUGCUGCUUAUAGUCUGCUUGCUUGUUGUGAUCAUUGUUAAGGUUGGAAAUAUCUUCCCGUCAUCAGACUGGUCGGUCGUCUUUUUCUUCCUGUCCUGCUUCUCCUUCUCGCUGGUCAUGAUGUGUUAUUUGAUCAGCGCUUUGUUCCACAAGGCCCACACUGCAGCUCUAGCAGCCAUGAUGAUCUACCUCAUGACCUACCUCCCAUACUUCAUUCUCGUCUCUCUAAAACUUAGCAUUUACAAGUUUGAACACAAUGUAAUCUAUACACUGCUUUCUACCUGUGCCUUUACCUUGGGUUGCAAUAUACUAGCCUUAAAGGAGUCUCAGACUAUAGGUGUGCAGUGGGAUAGCUUCAACCAGGAGCUUCAUACUACAACAUACUUUGGUUUCAGCUGGGCUUGUCUUGCAAUGUUAUGGGAUGGUGUAUUGUACUUCAUUAUUGCCUGGUAUAUCAGCUCCGUAUUCCCUGGUCGUCAUGGUGUGCCCAAACCAUGGUACUUCAUCUUCCUACCAUCCUAUUGGUGCAACUGCAUCAACUUUGGUGAAACAAGCGAGGAGUCCAACACGAUGUCACACCACAAAAAUCCAGAUAUUGAAGUUGAUCCGACCAGUUUCCCUCUCGGUAUCUCUAUUGCUGGACUCACAAAGAAGUACAACAACAAGACCACAGCUGUGGAUAACCUUACACUCAACUUCUAUGAGGGGCAGAUUACAUCUUUCCUUGGCCAGAAUGGAGCUGGAAAGACCACUACCAUCUCUAUCAUUAUGGGUCUGUUUCCGGCCACUGCUGGCAAAGUGUCCAUCUAUGGUAAGGAUGUGAUGAAGAGGCUGCGUAAGAUACGCAAGGACCUAGGAGUAUGUCCCCAGCACAAUGCCUUGUAUGACCAGCUGACAGUAAUGGAGCAUCUUGAGAUGUAUGGACGGCUGAAAGGAAUGAGCCUCAAAGAAAUCUUCAAUCAGUCUCAAGAUCUCUUGAUUGAUGUUGGUCUCCAAGACGCAGCCUACAUGAAGGUGUCUAGCCUCUCUGGAGGGAUGAAACGUAAGCUGUCCAUCGUCAUUGCCUUCUUGGGUGGUUCUCCUGUCGUGAUCCUUGAUGAGCCAACCAGCGGAGUAGACCCCCAUGCCAGACGCUCCAUCUGGGAUCUCAUCAUCAAGAACAAGAAAGAUCGAACAAUCCUACUGUGUACUCAUUUUAUGGAUGAGGCUGAUCUCCUUGGUGACCGCAUCGCCAUCUUGGAUCAGGGCCAGCUUCGAUGCUGCGGCUCAUCGACAUUCCUCAAGGAUCGCUUCACCACGGGUUGCACACUGACCAUCGCUAAGGAGUUACCCAGUAACCAGGCGACACCGGAGAAGACACGACGAGCUGCAGCGAUGGAUCCAAACACAAAGAAAGCAGUGGAAAACAUCUAUGUUGAUCCAGAGGACAUGAAGGACAUGAAGGAGGAGGUGGAGAUGGCAGAGAUGGAGAGUCAGGGUUCUUCUAGCGGGGUAUCAUCCACUGAAGAAAGCUUCAAUAUCAACGAGGUGACGUCGCUAAUCCAGAACCAUCUGCCCUCCGCCGUGAUGAAGGAGGACAUCCGUACAGAGGUCGCCUACACCCUCCCAGUCAACGAGGGACAGAAGGCUCACUUCAAGGAUCUCUUCAAUGACCUGGACUCUCAUUCUGAACGGCUCCAAAUUUCAAGCUAUGGAAUCUCGGAUGCCACGCUGGAUGAGGUCUUUUUGAAAGUUUCUAGUUCCAGCCAAGACAUUGAUGGAGCUAAAGAUUCUGCAAGAGUCAUAGCUGAGUCAUCCAUGAAAUCCAGCCAGAUAGUGUACAGCAUGAAACCAUCAGCCUUGGGCCAGUUUGCAGCCAUCUUCACUAAGCGAUUCCACUACACUAAACGUGAUUGGUGGAGCCUAGCCUGGGCUCUCCUGGUACCAAUCCUAUGGCUUUUCUUAGCCAUAGCCUUUGGGACUAUCUUCAUUGAGUCACCGCAGACCAACCUGCACUUUUCACCAUCACUCUACGGACCAAACGACUACGUCUUCUUCAGUAAUGGAGAUUCCUACACACCAGAGGGAGAUAAGAUGACCUCUGCAUUGUUUAGUGAACCUGGCCUGGGUACAACAUGCAUGGCUGACUUUCAAGAUGGAUCCUGCCAGUUUGUGGAACCAUUCUUCAAGAAUCCCAUCUCCAACCUGACCAGCUCAGAACGUCAGCUCAUUGUAGAGAUGGAUCGUAAUGCCCCAGAUUGUUCCUGUUCACAAAGCUUCCUAGACUGUCCUGCUGGGGCCUCAGGCUCUACACCUCCAGCUUGGACCAUGAAUACAUCAGAUAUUCUUCUAGAUAUUAGCUUGAAGCCAGAUCUAAAUAGAUACCUUGUGAGGACGGUCCGUGAUUACAGAUGGAAGAGAUUUGGUGGACUGACUUUCCAUAGUGUCAAGAACAACGAUGAAAAAGUGGAAGAAAUUGCAAAGGCGUGGUACAACAACAAAGGUUUCCAUGCAAUGCCAACAUUCCUGAACACCAUGAAUAACGUGAUACUCAGAUCAUUCCUACCAGCCAAUCAGAACCCAGCUAAGUAUGGUAUCUCGGCCUACAACCACCCAUUCCGAUUCUCUGAGGAGCAACUUAGCAUCACUGGAUUAUGGGAGGAAACAACGAGAUACUUUGGUAUCUCGCUCCUCGUCCUGGUUGCCUUCACUCUCAUCCCAGCUACCUUUGCUACUUUCCUGGUCAUGGAGAACAAUAAUAGAUCCAAGAGGCUUCAUUACAUCAGUGGAGUCACACCGGCUUGUUACUGGAUUGCAAACCUGACUUGGGACAUGCUGAUGUACCUGAUACCAGUGGGCAUAAGUUUGUUCAUUGUGUACAUCUUUGGAAUGGAAGCGUUCGGUUCGGUUACCAACAUGCCUGCAUUUGCUCUACUUCUCUUCUUCUUUGGGUUUUCAGCUGCAAUCCAGAUGUACAUCCUGGUGCCAUUAUUCCGCACCACAGGCUCAGCAUUCAUCGUAUUCUUCUGUCUGACUCUGGUGCUGGCACUCAUUACCAUCCUGCCCAAAUUCUUUCAAGUGUCCCCAUUGGGAUUAGACGGUGAUCACCCAGCCUUUUACAUUCUCAACAAGGUCUUCCUGAUCUUUGCCCCCUUCUGUCUUGCCUCUGGACUCGUUGACCUGCUCUAUAAUCAAGUACAGGCAGAUAUCUAUGGUAGAUUUGGUAUCAAUACCUUCCUUGAUCCAUUUGAUAUGGAGAUGCUUGGAUGGAAAUUGGUUGCCUUGGUUAUCCAGGGUGUUGUUGCCUUCCUUAUACUGAUGUUUAUUGAGUGUAGAGGCAGACACUGGUGUGCCAGCCGCAUCUCAAGGUCUGUAGAGAAACACCAUGGUGCUGAGGAUGAAGAUGUGAUUAGUGAGAAGAAGCGAGUUCAGUCUGGAAAUGCUAGCAAGGAUCUAGUGUGCAUCAAUAACCUAACCAAGGUUUACCGAUCAGGCAGGAAUUCCAACCUAGUAGCUGUAGACAACAUGAAUAUCGGCAUACCCAGUGGAGAGUGUUUUGGUUUAUUGGGUGUUAACGGCGCUGGGAAGACUACAACCUUCAGGAUGCUCAUCAAUGAUCUUACCCCAUCAGAUGGAUCUCUCAAUAUCAACUCCAACAGCAUUGGUUACUGCCCGCAGUUAGAUGCCUUGUACAACAAGCUUACUGGAAAUGAAUUGCUGUACUGCUAUGCUAAAAUCAAGGGAAUCAGUGGCAAGCAACGUCAACAGGCGGUGAAGUUUGUAACAGCUCAGAUGGGUAUGAAGAAAUACAUAGAGAAAUGCAUUGGAACCUACAGCGGAGGGAUGAAGCGAUCACUGUCUACAGCCAUCGCUCUGCUUGGAAAUCCACAAAUCGUUCUCAUGGAUGAACCUACAGCAGGAAUGGACCCAGUCAGCAAGCAAGCAGUAUGGGGAAAUAUACUAGCUGUUAUCAAGUCUGGUCAUUCUGUCAUCCUCACAUCACAUAGCAUGGAGGAAUGUGAGCUGUUGUGUACGCGUCUGGCAAUCAUGGUGAAUGGUAGAUUCAGAUGUCUUGGCAGUCCACAGCAUGUCAAGAAUCGUUUUGGUGAUGGACACACCCUUGUUCUUAGACUCAAUGAGACCAAGCCCAACAUGACUGAAAUCAUGAACUUUGUCAUGACCACGUUCCCGGAAGCUCGUCUAAAGGAGAAGCAUCACAAUAUGGUGUGUUAUCAGCUGCCAUUGACCGCCAGAAAACUUGGAGAUGUCUUCGGUUCUUUAGAGGCAGAGAAAGACAAUCUGGGAAUCCAGGAGUAUUCCAUCUCACAGACAACGCUGGAUCAGGUCUUUGUCAAUUUUGCCAAGAGGCAGACUGAUGGGUCGGACAGCUGUGAAGAGCAGAACCAAGACUUCAUCAACCAAGCUUACACAACCGACGAAGCAGACAUAGCAACUGAUGUUGUCUAAGAAACAUAGCAAAGUAACUCAAUACAGACUGAUGGCUCAGACAGCAAUGAAGAGAAGAACCGAGACUUCAUCAACCAAGCUUACACAACUGACGAAGCAGACAUAGCAAUUGAAGAUGUCUAAGAAACAUAGCAAAGUAACUCAAUACAGACUGAUGGCUCAGACAGCAAUGAAGAGCAGAACCAAGACUUCAUCAACCAAGCUUACACAACCGACGAAGCAGACAUAGCAAUUGAAGAUGUCUAAGAAACAUAGCAAAGUAACUCAAUGCAGGGUGAAUAAAAUCACCCUCUCCAUCAAAUCAUGGUCAAGUGACCUUAAAUUAUGCAAGGUGGAAGUAAAUAUAAAACAGUCUACAACUAUAUUCUAAAAUUCUAAGCAAAUCAAAGUGAACAUUUCUGAAAAAGUUAUGCAAAGAUGUUGGCAAAUGCCAUCAGCUUUUCCACAAACGAAAUUGAUUUGGCAUAAAUAUUAUUUGAUAUUUUUAAUCCGAACGCAAAGUAGCUAUAUGUUAGAAAAAUAAAGGUGAUUAUUAUGAAGAAAAUGUUAUGAUAAUUGAAAGCGCUUCUAUGCAUAAAAUUUGUUAUAUGAAUAAUUUCAAGCUAAACCAAAAGUGAGAAGAUAUUAUUUUUUAGAGUAGAACUUAGUAAUAAUGGUUAUGCAUGGUAACAUUCCUGCAAGGAAUGCUACACACUGCGUCAUAGUUGCCUGUAAGCUAAUAAAACACAAAUUGUAAAACAAUUCUUUGAAUACCUUGCAAAACCACCAAAUAGUAAUUAGAUGUUAAUAUAUGACAUUAUAUUCAAACAAAGAAAGUCAUUAUGACACAUUUUAUUUGAAAGAUUAUACAUGUAUUUGGAUUUUAAUUGAACCAUAACUAGCUUAAGAUUUUUUAGAAAUUGACAAUUUGAACCAAAUUUGUUUAUAAUGUUAUCAUAUAAUUCUCACAGGUUUAAGCUGAUAGAUGUUUUAAAACUUGUUUUCUGAAUGUAGCAUUGAUAUAUAGUACAUGUAGUUGUUUGGUUCAGGUGGUGCGCAUUCAUGUAGUUUUAUAAUUACGGUUGUUGUGUUUUUUAGGACAUGCUACUGAAAUAACAUUUGUUUACUUUUAUAUUAUAUCAAUUAGUAAACUUUUUUUUCGUUGCAAUAGGAAAUCAGUCUUAAAGCCCUGAUUUAUAAAUUAAAAUGAAUUAAACGAUCAUUUUAAGUCUCCUUUAAUCUUAAGACUCACAGUACUUUCUUUCAUGUAUUGAUUGGAAAGAACACGCUUUUAACUUUUUAUAUAUUACAAUGCAUUCUAUGUUUUCUAUGAGAUGGUAAAUAAAAUGUAUUUUAAUGCA